GCGAGACACAAGUAGUCGAUCGGCAUGCGGCCCCCCAGCAGCAUCCUCCACUCCUCCGACCUCAUGCGGUGCGUGGUUACGUACCAGCGAGGCGUGUUCGAAGACAUGGUGCCAUUGGUCAAGGCCGAGCCGCAACACGUUCGCCACGUUUUUGAGCAAUGGUACGCGACCCACGGCGACGCGCGACUGCCGCUGCUGCUGGCAACCCUGCCGCAGUUGACGCCAAUAGUGAUCCUACAUGCGAUUGCGGCCGGCAAGAAACACAUCAUGGACACACUCCAUUUGAACGUUGACGACCAUGACGACCUCGUCGCCGUCGCGGCUGCCAGUGGCCACCUUGACGCGAUUGUCCAGUUGCAUGCCGUGGCGUACGAGUCGGGCACGAGCGCGGCGUUGGUCGUCGCUGCCAUGCAUGGCCAUUUGAACGUAGUGGAAUACUUGGCUAAACAUCGGCGACCUCACCAAAAACAAGCGACACGCGCGAUCGACGCCGCGGCGGGCCACGGCCGCUUAGCAGUCGUGCAAUUCUUGUGUGUUCAUCUCAAGAGCGCGAACGCGACCAAAUCCGCCCUCCGCAUGGCUGCGGCCACUGGCCAUGUGCGCAUCGUGCAAUGGCUGCACGAAAACGGAUGCCAGGCGUGGAGCGCGGACGUAUUGACGCUGGCGGCGGCGGGCGGCCACUACAACGUUCUCUUGUACUUGCAAAAGGUCAAGCCUCGCCUAGGCGCUGCAAAACAGGCCAUGGAUGCUGCCGCCACCAACGGGCAUUUGAAAAUUGUUCAAUUCUUACAUGCCCAACGACCACACGAAGGGUGCACAGACAAGGCAGUUCACGGCGCUCUUGCAAACGGCCACAAGGACGUCGUCGAGUACUUGCACAAGCACAGAGACCACCUCAUCCACACGCUGUGCAACUCGUGCGGGUACUACAAGCCGCGCAACCACACGUGCAAGGUGCCGUCAUGCCAUUAAACUAGUGCCGACUGUAUAGAGUAUUUAAGGAAAUAGCUUAUUUAAUGCGAUCCAC